AUGGCACAGUCUACACCACUAAAUGGCGUUUUCGGACGGGAUAGCAAUGGAAAUCCCAGAAUAGAACAUCAUUCUUGGCCGCCCCAUGAUAUCGAUGGUAUUGAAUGGCGCAAUCUCACCAACGAAGAUAUCAUCGCAUUGGUUACCCAAAAAGUAAUGGUUGCUGUUGUUCUUCAAGACACAACCCAAAGCCAUCUGGCUACAUUGGGCGAGUUGAACGUGAUAAAACAACUAUUCGACGAAUUCAACCAGCUCCACAAGGACGAAAAACCUCACUUCAAGAUUUACUUUGGCUUUUCGCUCAUUCUAUAUAAUGGGGAACAUUGCAUAAGCAAUCGUGUUAGGACGAUCGAGGCGCAACUGCAACAGAUCGCACCUCAUUCUGCUACCUAUUCGCGUGUAGCCCAUGAAAUGCUAGCUGGUCAUGAACGUAUCGUGACUGCUAAAGCUUGGGGGAUAUCGGGAGAUCAUCCGGUUGUGAUGGGCGCACAUAAGGUCCUUCCUGGAAGCGUGGUGGAUGUGUCAACUGGUUUUCCUGGGCCCUCCUUCAAAUAG